GCACAGCCGACUCUUCGCUACACACUGCUGUCGACUGCUGGUUUCCCUUGUUUGUCUGCGCUCACAGUGGUUCUGCUUCGGAAGCUAGAGACAUUCCGCAUUCUAUUCGAACGGACUCGCCUGCCCCCGGGCAUCGCAGUAUUAUGGACUCCCAGAUAACAUCCCGCACGGAUCCCACUGAAAAGUUUGGGGUCGAGAUUCGCAAAGAUCAUUUCUCUUUCGCUCAGGGUUACAGACCGCUCAACCAUGGGUCUUUUGGGGCCUUCCCUCGGACUGUAGCAGAAUAUCAGCGGCAGCUUCAACUCGAAAGCGAGGCGCGGCCCGAUACCUUCAUUCGGUAUACCUAUCCAAAGCUCCUUCAAACAGCUCGAUCUGCAAUAGCUCCCUUACUGGGUGCUGAUGUGAACGAAGUCGUCUUCAUCCCGAAUGCUACAACUGGUAUCAACACCGUUUUGCGAAAUGUUGAUUUCAAGGACGGGGACGUUGUAAUACACUUCAAUACCAUUUACGGUGCCUGCUUGAAGACAUUGCAGUCCCUCGCAGAAGGUGCUGGCAUACAUCUGCGCAGUGUGGACCUCACGUAUCCCGUGGGUGAUGAUGUAAUUCUGGAAAAGUUUGAAGAAAUGGUCCAUUCGGUUCAAUCACGGGGACAGCCGAUCAAGAUGGCCGUUUUCGAUACUGUGCUGACGUUUCCCGGGGUGCGAUUUCCUUGGGAGGCGUUGGUGAUGUCGUGCAAGAAAUUUGGCAUUCUCAGCUUCGUUGAUGGCGCCCACGGCAUCGGACACAUUGACCUAUCCCACCUUGGCAGCUCAAGCUUGAAGCCCGACUUCAUGAUAUCCAACUGUUACAAAUGGCUUAUGGUGCCUCGGGGGUGUGCUAUUCUCUAUGUGCCCACUGCAAAUCAUCGUCUCAUCCGUACCACAUUCCCCACUUCCUGGGGAUACGAGAAGCCUGACACGCGGGAGUUAAUGGACCCCUCGGACUACUUUGUUCGUCUGUUCGUCAAGGUAUCCACCACUGACACCACCCCCUUCGUCUGCGUUCCUGUGGCCUUGAAGUGGCGACAAGAGGUUUGUGGCGGGGAAGCCAGGAUCCGUGAGUACUGUGAAAGCAUUGCGAGGGAAGGGGGCAGGCGGAUGGCCAAGCUACUGGGCACUGAGGUCCUUGGCGAAUGCUCAGAUUCAAUGCAGCGAUGCUGCUUCACGAAUGUGAGACUGCCGCUGAGCAUAGCCCAGCUCGGUGUCCAAGAAGUGGAUGGAGCACGCAUAGCCAAGUGGAUCCAAGAAGAAACGCCAGACAAGUAUGAGACGUACAUACCGACAAAGUUUUACGCGGGAGCAUUCUGGUCGCGUAUCAGCGGGCAGGUUUACUUGACUCUAGACGACUUCGACUUUGCAGCGCAAACGCUGCUUGAGUUAUGUCGAAGAGCUGAGGCUGGCGAAUGGAAGACGGAGUGAAGGGUGGUGGUGAGAGUAGCAGGCGCUGGCC